CUAUUUUAAAAACUUCAAAUAUUAUGAAUAUUUGUUUCCAUAUGAAGCACGUUACAUUUUUUAUUUAUAUAAUGCAAUAUAGUUAAAUUAUAUUAUGCUAUUCAACAAAAAAAGACAGAAAUUUUACUCUUUUAUAAAAUACAACGAAUUUUCACAAACCUGAACUAUUAUAAAAUUCAUAUAACUAUAAAAUUUCUAUACUAAAUGGAAAAUUACGAAGUAACUAUUCUAACUCUGAUAAAUUUCUACUAUAAUCUACAAACACAAAACUACGUAAUCAGUAGCUAUAGAGUACAAAACAGUCGUGGCCGAUUUACUUGUAAAUUUCUCACGAAUAUCUUCCACAAUAAUCAAAGACUUCCUCUUCAAGAACUAAUGUCUCAUUUUUCUCAACUCAAACUGAGUUAUUCUCAUUCACUGGAAACUGGACAUUCCUCAAUGAAAACGUAGCCUCAAUUACAGCUGAAAAGAAAUAGCCAAUGAAAUAUACGUGGGAAAUCCCGACAGUUAUCAAUGACUAGUGUUUAAACUAGCAAUGAAACUAUUAUAUUCUCUUCUUUAUUUUCUUUUCAUAACAAUCAUCGUUUUAUUAAUCUAUUGAUCUUGUACAGUCAGCAGUUACAAUAUCCCCGGAAACGACGCCAUUAAUUCCGCAAUUCGUGAAUAUAGUUUUCGUUGUUUUGAUUUCUUUCGAUGAAAAUUGAAGACGAGGAUGUUAGCUUUGCAAAUACGACAAUGAAUCAAAUUUUCGUACUAUUCAAAUAAUAUAAAAUAUUCAGAUCAUUUUGUCCUCCACGUUAAUUAUAGUUAUAUUAUAUACAUUAGUAUAUAUACAUUAAUUAUAGUUAUAUAGCUAUGUAUUGUAUAUAAUAAUAAUUAUAUGGUCGUGUAACAUUU